AUCUGUUUUUAUUUACGACACAAGACGAAACGAUAUACGGCUAGAGUGUCCAACUGAGGUUUAAGGAAGGACAAAGUGAAAAGGAGACGUCUCUUGAGUACACCUCGAGCAAACCUACCCAACAAAAUAACACGUAGGUGUGAAAGGCCACCUCGUUCCUGUCAUGGCCAACCCUUUCAGGGGUGAGGUUAUCAAACUCUACAAAAAUCUGCUGUAUCUUGGUCGUGAGUAUCCCAAAGGACCAGUAUAUUUCAGAGAGCGCCUGAAGUCAGCCUUCAUGAAGAAUAAAGACGAGACGGACCCUGAGAAGAUCAAAAAGCUGGUGGCCCGGGGCGAGUUUGUCAUCAAGGAGCUGGAGGCUCUUUAUUUCCUCAGGAAAUAUCGAACCAUGAAGAAGAGGUAUUAUGAACCAGAAGAAUAAUUACACGCAAAUACAGCUUCAGAUUAUGUUUUCUGAAAUGAAAUACAGGCAGCGGGAGCAGUGAGCCAAAGUACGGUCAAUAAUAGUCAAUAUGUAUAUUCUCAGAUUAUGCAGCAGUCUUUUAUUUUCACACACACCUAUUGAAAACACACCCCACAGAAAUUACAAACUCCUUAUAGUUUCCCUUAUUUAAAAAUAAACUGUGCUUUUCUCAUAAGGGAAAUGACACAUCCAUUUGCAAUAAGUGCCAGAAAGUGAUGAUGUAGCUGUUACAGACUGUGCUUUGUAUUUUUUAUACACAAGUUGCACCUUAAUGUGUUUUUAAUCUCAAAUACUGUGUGCUGAUAUCACAUUUUCCUCCAGAAAAGGUGCUAGGCCAGGUUUGAUGUAAAUCAACAUUUCAUCAGGUCAGUAAAUUCAUUACAUACUUUGAAAUGGCUGAUAAAGAUGCAGACAUCCACCUGGUCUGGUAAGAAACUGUAGAAGCAGAGGUAUCAGUCUGACCGAAUCAUAAUAUAUGUAUGUAAUGUAUUUUGUAUUUUAGUGUAUAUAUUUGUAAAUGCAUGGUCAUAUUUCCUGAAGAGUGAAUGUACAUGACUAUGUAUGUAUGCACUAUUAGACAGAAAUCAAAAAUAAAUUUUGCAUAAAUGCA